AUGCAAGAAAGCCUCGGAAGUUCUCAAACUGAGAUAAAAGAAAUGCAAGGCUUACAAGAUAACAUCGCUGAACAACAGAAGACAACUGAAGCUUCACUUCAACGCGUCCAAUGUGAACUCGCCCAAUUGCAGCGCCGUCAUAUUAAAUCAGAGUGUCACAGCCGCAGAGGUAAUUUGAAAUUCUAUGGAAUAAAAGAACGCGAGCAUGAAUCGAACGAAGAGACCGAAGAUUUCUUGAGGAACUUUUUGCGUACCGACUUAAAGAUCCCUAAAGAGGACGAGGAAAGUAUUCAGUUCGAUAGAGUGCACAGGGUAUCAGCUCGUCGAGUAUCGUCUGGCACUCCGAAUUCCAAGCCACGACCGAUUAUUGUCAAGCUUUCCAGCUUCCACGACAAAGAGUUUAUUAAAUCUUUCGUCAAAAACCUUACAAAAGGCCGCAAUCUUGGAAUUUCCGACGACUUUCCAAAGGAGGUAGAAGAAAUGAGGAAAAAGCUGUACCCAGUACUAUAAAAGCCGCCAAGCAAGAAAAGCGUACUGCAUUUUUCAAGGUAGAAAGGCUAAUUAUAGAUGGGUCGCUUUACCGCGGCCCAGAGACAAUUGCUUUCCCUCUCUACGGACAUUUAAUGGACGUAUAA